CUUGCGGCUAAUUCUUCACCGACUCGCCAACGGGCCCCAACUGGCUGAGUGCAGUGCAGGACGAGUCAUGCUUUCCGUGUCAAAAAGUUUAAGAUUUCUCAACGGUUUCUAGGGAUGGGCGUGAAACCAGGGGGAUGGAAGGAUGAGAAAAUUCCUCUCUGUGACGGUAGUUCCAUUCCGUCGCCUCCGUGCUCUUGGGCCCCUGGCUGGCAAGCAAGCAACCGGAGAAGAAACAAAGAAAGAUUCGAUUGCAGAGAAAAUCUGUCGGCAUCUUCUCCGUACAAUAUUGUCCAUUGUAUGCAGACCCCCUCGCGUCCUUGGCGGUGGUGGUUUGCCAUCCCCGGAUACGGCGCUUAUUGUUAAGACUGAAGAAGAGUUGAACAAUUCUUUGCAGACUACGGAAUAUAACUACGGAAUACGUAUUUGAUAGCAAACAACCGUCUAUUCAUUAAUAUCCUAUGCGACUGGUAUAUCAAUCUUGAUCACCUGUAUCGGGCCCACAAGAUACAAUAGCGCCAGUCCACACCGUAAGGACGUGUUGACUGCUCACCUUUGACCA